UUUCUGAUACCUUCGGGAAAACCAAAUUCCCAGUAUAUUACGAGAAACUCAAGUCGAUAUGGCAUACUCGAGAUGCUGAGGCGAAUUAUUAUAUUAUUGAUAUGGGAGAUGAGGAAACACUAAAUCAGGUUCACGAAACUUUUGAGCGAUAA